GUGGCAACGUGCAGAUCAGAGAGCACUCCCUAAGGCGUAAUGUGAUGCCAGAGAUGUCAGUGGUCGCUUUGGACCCAGCAUGAGCAGGACGUUUUUGUACAACAUUGUGUUCCUGUUUCAUCUUGUGUUCCUGUGAUCUCUUACAAAUAAUUUCAGAUGUAAUGUAGAAUUCACAAACGAGACAAAGUGUGGCUUUGUUGAUGACAGAGAUGGCAACCAUUCGGAAGAAGCUGGUGAUUGUCGGGGAUGGAGCGUGUGGGAAAACAUGUCUUCUCAUUGUUUUCAGUAAAGACCAGUUUCCUGAAGUCUACGUCCCGACAGUGUUUGAGAACUACAUCGCUGAUAUUGAGGUUGACGGAAAACAGGUGGAGUUGGCGCUGUGGGAUACUGCAGGCCAAGAGGACUACGACAGGUUGAGGCCUCUGUCGUACCCUGACACAGAUGUCAUCCUCAUGUGCUUCUCCAUCGACAGCCCAGACAGUUUAGAAAAUAUCCCUGAGAAGUGGACGCCUGAGGUGAAGCACUUUUGUCCCAAUGUUCCUAUCAUCCUGGUGGGGAACAAGAAGGACCUGAGGAAUGAUGAGCACACACGGAGAGAGCUGGCCAAGAUGAAGCAGGAGCCGGUAAAGACUGAAGAAGGCAGAGACAUGGCGGGCAGGAUCAGUGCUUUUGGCUACUUGGAGUGCUCUGCCAAAACCAAGGAUGGCGUGCGGGAGGUGUUUGAGAUGGCCACUAGAGCGGCGCUGCAGGUCCGCAAGCGCAAAAAGAGAGGCGGCUGCACGCUGCUGUGAGCAGUCAACGCACCAUAAAAUCAACUGACCAAUAGGAGAAAGAAAAAAAAAAUCACUUGAAAAGGACUGACCUUUACCAAAUUGCAUCCUUGUACUGUAUCUCACCUUUCACGAUAACAGGCAGGCAGAUGAAUCGAAUGCAAACAAACCGAAUACAGGAAAUUGACUUUGUCUAUAUUACAACCGUGGUUCGAAAUUGAUGUUUAAAGUUGCUUGUUGAUUUGUAUUUUUUUCCCCCUCCAAACUCUGUCUUUACAGUGUUUUCCUACUCUGUUUUUCUUUAUUUGUAACUUACAGAGGCAGUGAUAGAUGCACAAAUUUGUAUGCAAUAUUGUUCUUCACGAGCUUGAGCAAACAUUAUCCAUCUUGGCUUGUAUAAAGUCUUCAUAAGUAAGGUCCAGACUGUCCUUUUAGUAUAACUUCUGUUUCUCAUGGUAGAGCAUAAGAGCUAGUGCCUUUUUCUUUCUCUUUAGUUUGUACGACACUGUACUUCUUAUGCUUGUCACCUAGCUUACAUUUCAACUGAGGGGCUAUCCAUUCUACUGUAGCUAGUGUUGUCAUUGUGAAACCUGAGCAAAGGCAUAACUAAGAUAUUUCAGUAGCUGCCUCAUGUAAAAAAUAAUUUGACAGAUAAUCGGAAUAUUCACAUUCAUCCUUCAUAACUAAUGUAAAUCUGUGCAAUGGAAUUAGAUUGGGGGGUGGGAACCGGCCAAUCGAGACACAAACCAAUAUGACUCAACUAUGCACAAUGGCUGUUAGGAACAACAGGGAGCUGUAACAGAAAUAAAAGCCAAAGCUUGGUGAAACCU